ACAGCAGGAAGGAGGAACGCAGAGUCUGCUCCCUUCCCACAAUCCCCUUCGGUCACAUGGGCUUUGCUAGUAGUACAGUACUGUAGUACUCAAGGCAGCAACAUGUCUCAGCGGAGGGUGCUUGAGCUGUUCUAUGAUGUGGUGUCCCCGUAUUCCUGGCUGGGGUUUGAGGUCUUGUGCCGGUAUAAGAACGUAUGGAAUGUAGAUAUUCAAUUGCGUCCUGGGUUCCUUGGGGGCAUAAUGCAAGCAUCUGGUAACAAAGCUCCUGCCUUGGUCCCCAGUAAAGGUGCAUACAUGGCACAAGACAUGGACCGACUGUCCAAGUUUUUUCAGGUUCCUCUUCGGCAACCAAGUGAUUUCUUCCAUGUUAUCUUAAAGAAAGGGAGUCUGUCAGCCAUGCGUUUUGUCACUGCUGUUCAGAUGUCACAUCCAGAAUUCCUAGAGCCAGUUUCCCGGGAGCUGUGGGUGCGGAUAUGGUCUGAGGAUAAAGAUAUUACAGAACCAGAGAGUAUAUUGGAGGCUGCUAAAAAGGCCGGGAUGCCUGAAGAUCAGGCUAAGCAGCUACUGAGCACGAUAUCUUCUGCAGAAGUUAAAAACAAACUGAAGGAAACUACAGAUAAAGCUCUGGCUUAUGGGAUUUUUGGUAUGCCUUCUAUUGUGGCUCAUAUAAAUGACAAGCCCCAGCUGUAUUUUGGAUCUGAUCGCUUAGAACUUCUAGCGCAUGAACUGGGUGAACAAUGGCUGGGACCAGUGCCUCAAAAAUCCAAACUGUGACACAGCAAAGAGAAGAAGCCAACUACGUACUCAAGCUGAGACCUACUGAGCGGAUAAUUCUGCAAUAAUAUGUUGCCUAAGUACAUCUUUAUGUGAUGUACAGGUAUUUUAGCAAAAACAAUGUAUAAUUGGCUUAAAGCCACCAGUAAAUUAAUUAAGCCUAUGCAGUAUUUUUACAUUUGAAUUAUAGAUCACAAAGAUGGAUCACAGGUUAAGUCUGGUGUUCAGCCAAUAAAGUUUAGGAAUGUCUGUUAAAGUUAUAACUGCCACCAAUCCUGUCUUGGCUAAUAAAUUCAGUCUGCAUAGUUUGA